AUGAGUGACGUCGUGGGAAAGAUCACCGAGGCUCUCCAAUUGAUGAGCUCCAAUAGCUCUGAUAAAACUACAGCAUUGCAUUACCUAGAAGAAUUCCAAAAAACUCCAGAUGCCUGGCAAAUUGUUCAUUCUAUCUUAUCAAAUGAUUCAAAUCCUUUGGAAUUAAAGAUGUUUGCUGCUCAAACUUUGAGAAAUAAGAUGACUUAUGAUUUACAUCAAGUUCCAACAGAAUCAUUAUCAGGUUUAAAAGAUUCCAUUAUUCAAUUCCUUAUACAAUACAGUGAAAGUAAUAGACCAAUUAGAACUCAAUUAUCAAUUGCAUUAGCCAAAUUGGCUAUUCAAUAUGUUCAUUGGUCAAAUGCUUUAGAAGAAGUUUUCAACAAAUUAAACCAAAAUAUCCCUGCAUUAUUAGAAUUUUUGAAAAUUUUACCUGAAGAAUCCCUUGAUCCAAAGGGUACACCAAUGACUGAUGAAGAAUUUGGUAUUAGAACUCAAGAAUUAAUCGUGGCUAACGUGGAAAGAGUCCUUUUGUUAUUAUCAAAUUAUGCUCAAAGUUCAUCAGAUUCAAAAGCAAAUUCACUUAUAUUGGAUUGUUUAAAUUCUUGGAUUAAAGAAAUUCCAGUUGAUCAACUAUUAACUAUUGAACCUUUAACAAAUAUUGUUUUCCAAUCUUUAAGAGAUGAAGAUGCUUUUGAUAGAGCUAUUGAAUGUUUAAUCUCAAUUGUUAAAGAAACUUCAGAAAUUGAAAAUAUUCAAUUGAUUCAAGCUUUAUUUGAACAAAUUAUUCAAUUAAAACCAUUAUUACAACAAAAUAAAGAUGAUCCUGAUGUAUUUGGUUCAUUAGCAAGAUUAUUUAUUGAAGCUGCUGAGACAUGGAAUGUCUUGAUUGCAAAAGCACCAAAUGAUUUUGCUCCAUUAGUGGAAAUCAUAUUGGAAAUUUCAACAUAUGAUGAAGAUUUAGAAAUUGUUAAAUAUACUUUUUAUUUUUGGUAUAAUUUAAAACAAUCAGUUACAUUGGAAAGAUACAAAGAAGCUCGUUUGAAAUUUACGCCAAUUUUCACUCAAUUAAUUCAUAUUAUGAUUAAACAUUUACAUUAUCCAGAUGGUAAUGAAACUGACCCAUUAUUUUCAAAUAAUGAAGAAAAGGAAAAAUUUAAAGAUUUUAGAUAUGAUAUGGGUGAUGUCCUGAAAGAUUGUACCGCAGUAAUUGGUGCACAAAGAGCUUUAAUCAUCCCAUUUGAUCAAAUUAAAUCAAGUUUAAAUAAUCCAACAAUAAAAUGGCAAGAUGUUGAAGCUCCAUUAUUUAGUUUAAGAGCUAUGGCUAAUCAAGUUAGUUUAAAAGAAAAUCAAAUUUUACCACAAAUUAUGGAUUUAUUAGUUCAAUUACCUGAAAAUACCAAAAUUAGAUAUGCUGCAACUUUAGUAUUGGGUAGAUAUACUGAAUGGACUUCAAAACAUCCAGAAUUUUUGGAAAAACAAUUAAAUUAUAUCAUUAAUGGAUUCCAAGCUUCAGAUGCAGAUAUUAUUACCGCGGCAUCACAUGCAUUAAUGUACUUCUGUACAGAUUGUUCAACAUUAUUAACAAAUUAUAUCGAACAAUUAUAUAAUUUUUAUGUCAAUAUUUUUGGUUCUUCAAUUAUUGAUAAAACUUCACUUUAUGAAAUUACAGAAGGUAUUGCACAUAUUAUUAAUGCUCAAGAUUAUAGUAAUGUUGCUAACGCUGCUACAAUGUUUAUUAAACCAAUUCUGGAAAAAAUUAAUGGUUAUGUUACAGCUCAAGGUUCAGAAGAUCUUUAUAAAUCAAUUGCAGAAGAAAUUGAAAUUGUUAGAAUUUUUUUGGAAUUUAUUAGACCUCGUGAUUUCCAAACUCCUGAAGAUCCUGUUGCAAAUUUAGUUAUUGAAUUAUGGCCAAUGAUUACUGGAUUAUUAGAUAACCAUGGUCAUUCAAUAAAAGUUUCAGAACGUUGUAUGAAAUUUACUAAAACUGCAUUACAAACUUAUAAUUCUUUUUUAAUUCCAAUAUUACCAUCAAUUGCAAAUACUUUAGUUAAAGGUUUCCAAACUACAAAUUUUGGUUGUUAUUUAUGGGUUUCAGGUGUUGUUAUUAGAGAAUUUGGUGAUGAAUAUUUUUCAAAUGAAGUUAAAAAUUCAGUUUGGAAUUUUGCAUAUCAACAAAUUUCAACAUUUUUAACAGUUUUUAAAAAUGCAAAACCAAUUGAUAUCCCAGAUUUAAUUGAAGAUUUUUUCAGAAUGAUGUCUGAUAUUAUAAUGUUUUUCGUUACAAAUUAUGUACUUUCAGAUUUAUUAACUUCAACAUUUGAAGUUGCAUUAUUAGCUUUAGAUAUUGAAAAAUUUGAACCAUUAAUUGCAACAUUACAUUUCCUUAUUGAUUUAAUUUCUUGGGGGUUUGAUGUUCCACCAAUUUCAAUUUAUGAAGAUGUUCCACCAGAAAUUAAAUCAACAGUUCAAAAUUUCAUUGGUCAACAUGGUAAUGAAUUAUUAAAACAUGUAUUACAUGGAUUAAUUUUUAAAUUCCCACAAGAUACUCAUACAGAUGCAUCAGAUUUAUUAAGUAAAACUAUAAGAUUAUCACCAUCACCAGAAAUUGGAGUUAAUUGGAUUAAUUAUUCAUUAGAUUCAUUACCUGCAAAUUCUGUUUCUCAACAAGAACGUGAUAAAUUAAUUAAUACUAUAUCAAGUGCUUUAAUUUCAAAAGAUCAAAGAAGAAUCAGAAUUAGUUUAAAAGAUUUUGUUACUUGGUAUUCAAGAAAAAAUAUAUCUCCAAGAUUUCAAAGUGGUUAUUAA